AUGAAUUUGCCUAUAGCCGUCACCGGUGAGAGCUCAUAUGGUAACGACUACACCGAACCGCCGCCCGCGUACGAUAUCGAGCAGAAGCUGGAUCAAAAGCCCGAUAAUAAGAAAUUUUCCUGGACCGACGACUUUCACCCCAGUCCCGACCCGCUUCGCAGCGCCCCGGGAUCCGACCUCUUCUAUAACGGGUAUGCCCCGACUCACAUCCCGAGCUCCAACAAGCACCCGAGCCAGGUCGGCAAGUUCGCCGGGGGCAAGUCCACCCAAAACCUUCUCAACCCCCCGCCCGCGUGCUUUUCGCGCACUCCACCGUCAGACCAGCAAUACCCCGAGUUCGAAAUGAUCACGAUCCCGUCGCUGGGUCACCAGUACCUCGCAAAGGGCUUCCCUGCGACUCUGCCGCAGACGGCGACGCGGCCGCAUCCGUUUUCGACCCACGAUGUGACGGAGAAGGAUUGGAUGCACUUCCUAGCAGAUUUGAAGGCUGCCGGGUCACUUGGUUGGAGUGACCGAAUCGUUUUCAACAUAGCCCCUGCCCUCCUGGGCACUGCGUUUCUGCCUGCUCUACUCCUAAGUGAGGGCAUCGAGCGAAAACAGAAGAUGAAGAAGCGUGGGCCUGUCAUGGAGCUCAUCCAGAACUGGAAUGCUUGCUAUUGGAAUCCUAGAUACAUGGAGGUCACUGUCGUCCAGGCGGGCGGUACCAUAAUGGCCCCGCCGCCGAUGGUGCAGCCAUACAUGCAGUCUGCCCGACCCGGCUCCGACGUUGAUAUUCCAAACAGCAUCCAUGGGUACUCGCACGAAAGGGACGAACCGCAUGAUCACAAGGACAAGACGAAGUACCCUGGUCAACUUAGACCGAGUGGCUCGUCUCCCUCGCGCCCAUCGGCUAACCUGAGGGGAUCCGGGUGGUUCCUCCACAUCGCAUACAAGCAUCACGGACAGGACCAUUAG